GGGGGGCAGAAGAACCUGUAGAGACCAGAGGACAUUUUCUUACUGCAUUUCAACAUCCAGAAGAGGACGAUGGGAUGGCUGUGCUGAGAGCAGAGACCUUUGCUGGGACUCACCAGUGCUGGGAGCUUCCCCAUGCUCUGGAUGGACCUGACACUCUCCUGUUUGGGCAUGGAUGACAAACAAAUCUCCCAUACAAGACCUAGGGACAGAGACCAGGAUAAAUGUGGAAAGGGACUGAGGAAAAGACUCUCCAUUGGUGUGACCUUGGCUAUUCUUCCACACUAUUACAACAUGGUGAAAAGACCUUCUGGCUUUAUGGGGCUCCCAGGUGCCCUCCCACGCGUGGGGAAGAUGAAACAAAAAACGACAGAAAAGAGAAAAUAAAAAGGGAGGAGGAAGGAAGAAAAAAAGGAAAAAAAAAAAAGAAAAAAAGAAGAAAAGAAGCGAUUCUCUCCCUGGCCGCGAGUGCCCCCAGCCCCGGAGCUGUGUGGUCUCACAGAGCCAUGAUGAAGCUUCUCCCUCUUGUCCCGCUCCUCCUGUUUCUCCUGACGACCCUGGAAGCCAGACCAAAACCUACAGCCCUGAAGUGCAGGACGGGCCCCCUGGACAUCGUCUUCGUGAUCGACAGCUCCCGCAGCGUGCGGCCCUUCGAGUUCGAGACCAUGCGGCGCUUCAUGGUGGACAUCAUCGGCAACCUGGACGUGGGCCCCAACGCCACGCGGGUGGGAGUCAUCCAGUACUCCAGCCAGGUGCAGAACGUCUUCUCCCUCAAGACUUUCUUCACGCGGGCGGACAUGGAGAAGGCCAUCAACAGCAUCGUCCCGCUGGCCCAGGGCACCAUGACAGGCCUGGCCAUCCAGUACGCCAUGAACGUGGCCUUCACCACGCAGGAGGGCGCGAGGCCGCUGCACAAGAAGAUCCCCCGCGUGGCCGUCAUCGUGACGGACGGACGGCCCCAGGACCGUGUCACCGAGGUGGCCACCCAGGCCCGGAACGCUGGCAUUGAGAUCUACGCCGUGGGCAUCCAGAGGGCGGACAUGAACUCGCUGCGGGCCAUGGCCUCGCCGCCGCUGGAGGAGCACGUCUUCCUGGUGGAAUCCUUCGAGCUCAUCCAGCAGUUCGGGAAGCAGUUCCAGGACAAGCUCUGCGGGGUGGACAUGUGUGUGGAGCAGGAGCAUGGCUGCCAGCACAGCUGCGUCACCACUGCCAGCUCCUUCUACUGUGAAUGCAACCCGGGCUACAGGCUCAACGUGGACAGAAGGACCUGUUCCCCCAUCGAUGCCUGCGCAGAGGGGCGGCACGGCUGCCAGCACCACUGCGUCAGCACCCGCGGGUCCUACCAGUGCCGCUGCCGCGCGGGCUACCACCUGCAGCAGGACAGGAGGAGCUGCACUCUGAUCGAUCACUGCAGCUUCGGCAACCACAGCUGCCAGCACGAGUGUGUCAGUGUCCCCAGCGGGCACUACUGCCGCUGCCACCGCGGGUUCACGCUGCAGCCCGACGGCAGGUCCUGCAGGGCCACCGACCUCUGCAACGGGGUGGAUCACGGCUGCGAGUUCAAGUGUGUGAGCGCAAAGGGCUCCUACCGCUGCGUGUGCCCCGAGGGCCAGCAGCUCCAGGCUGAUGGCAAGGCAUGCAGCAGGUGUGGGACUGGGCACGUUGACCUGGUGAUGGUGAUCGAUGGCUCCAAGAGCGUGAGGCCCCAGAACUUUGAGCUGGUGAAGCAGUUUGUGAACCGCAUUGUGGACCUGCUGGAGGUGUCCCCCCAUGGCACCCGGGUGGGGCUGGUGCAGUACUCCAGCCGCGUCCGCACCGAGUUCCCCCUCAACAAGUACCACAGCGCCGAUGAGAUCAAGAAGGCAGUGAUGGAGAUGGAGUACAUGGAGAAAGGCACCAUGACAGGCCUUGCCCUCAAGCACAUGGUGGAGCACAGCUUCUCCGAGCUGGAAGGUGCCAGGCCUCUCUCCCACAACGUGCCCAGAAUUGGGCUCGUCUUUACAGACGGACGCUCCCAGGAUGACAUCUCUGAAUGGGCCAGGAGAGCAAAGGAGUCAGGGAUCGUCAUGUUUGCCGUGGGUGUCGGGAAGGCGGUGGAAGAGGAGCUGAGAGCCAUCGCCUCCGAGCCUGUGGAGCAGCACUUCUCCUACUCAGCAGACUUCACCACCAUGACUCACCUCGUGGAGAACUUCAAGCUGAACAUCUGCCCAGAGGAGGGCAAAGGGAAGACAGAGAUUCGCAGCCCGUGUGAGUGUGAGGCCCUGGUGCAGUUCCAGACAAACACCGUGGCCAUCCUGCAGAGCCUGACUGAGAAAAUUGCUCAGAUGACAGCCAGACUGGAAGACCUGGAGAAGCAGAUUGCCAACAAGAAGUGAUCCCUGCAGGGGGCUGCAGAGCUCAGAUGGGGCCUGGGGAUGGGCAGUAGCUACGUGGCAUUGUUAUUGCUAGGUUAUUGUAAAGCAUCAGUGUUUGUUCUUGUAUCGCAAAAUCCCCAGGGGGAUGUGGAGUGUAUUUAAAAAAACAAAAAUCCUAAAAAAAAAACCCAAACAAAACCACAAACCCCAAAAGAACUUGAGCAAAACCCCCUGCUGUGAAGCCAGGGGGUUCAGCUGUCACUGUUGCCUCGUUCCCCUGAACUGGCAGGUCUGAGAUGAGGUGGAGUGUGUGUGGGCAGGCUUUGGAUGAGAUGUGACCCUCAGCCUUUUCCCAAAGCAGCUGGGAUGAGCCAGCCCUGCACAGCCCCCCUGGCCCCCAGCAAGCUGCUUUGCAAGAGGAAAAAAGCCUACAGUAAAAAAAAAACCUACAGUGAUCACACCCCAAGAGCUUCUGCUUGCUCAGCACCUGCUGCCAAGUGGUGGGGCAGGGACACCCAGGCACAAUGGGGAUGUGUGCCAUCCAGCCAGGGUGUGCAUCCCCGGGAGAGGGGACUGCAGGAAUCAGCAGAGCCCCUUGCCCCUGUUUUGGCAGAAUUGUUUGGGAAUUGGUCAUUAGCUCAUUUGUUUUUUGUUGUGUUGUUUUUUUUUUUAUCACAUAGCAAAAUAGCAAUAAUUCUUUAUAUAAAUAUCUAUGUGUGUGUAUAUAUAUAUUUCAUGUUGAG